AUGAGUAAGGUUCUAGCCUCCAAGACCCCGCGAGUCAUUAUGGUUUCCAACGGCGUUCACCGCAUAGGGCAUAUCCGCUGGUCGGAUCAUAGUUUCAACAACGACAAGCACUACCAGAGGUGGCUGGUAUAUGGGCAGUCUUGGAUUACCAAUACCCUCAUGAGCCUCGCCUUCACCGAGAAACCCAGCUGCCGGGGCCUACUUGCCUUUCCGAUGUGCCCUGGUGUAUGCUAUACGAACCUCGCGGCACACGGGAUUGAUGGCCAGGCCUCAUCUGCUGCGGAUCUUACGCAAAUGGACAACGUGUACGGGAAUAAGUGGUUGUGGGGCAUGGACGAACUUUUCAUAAAAGCCUUGGACCAGGGCGCUGCGACGCACGUCUUUGCUGCCUUUGAUGCCAGCAUUGCGGAGCACAAUAGUGCCUUUUUGAGUGAUUGCCAUGUUGCGGACCCGGACCAGGAAGAAGUGUCCUCAUGGGCCACGAGCAAGGCUGAUGCAGAGAAAUUGUGGAAGCUGAGUGAGAAACUCGUUGGCCAGGGCUUCGAGUAUUAG